AUGUUGGUGGGAGAACUCUCUGGUCUGAACCAUGCCGGUCGGCUCGCUUUCAUCUCAGGCCUGGUUAUGGAGAUUCUGGCUCUGUGUGCUGUGUUGUUGAGAUUUUCGACCAAGUUCAAGACACGACUGCCAUUUUCCCCGGACGAUUACCUUUUGCUGGGGGGCUUGGUUACAUUCCAAGCUUGGUUUGGAGUGCAAGUUUGGGGUUUGGUACAAGGUGGAGGAGGGAGGAAUAUUCAGGAUCCUACGUUUGAUUUCACAAGACUUAGGACUUUCUUGCAGGCUCUAUACGCCGUCGAACCACUUUACGGACUCAGCGUAACACUCAUAAAACUCAGCAUCCUAGUCUUCCUCCAUCGAAUCUUCUACAACAGCGGCAAGAGCAUCAUAAUAUAUUCACUCUACACCAUCUGUGUCCUCUGGUGGAUCGUCUAUACCAUUACUACCUGCGYCAACUGUCGCCCGGUCCACAAAUUCUGGAAUCCGAAAGUCGAGGGUUACUGCUAUAAUUACGGAAAAUUCUGGCUGGGAGUCGAAAUUGUGGAUAUUCUGAUCAAUUUCAGUAUCCUCAUCACGCCGCUGAAUGUACUCUGGAGGUUGAAAUUGCCGAUGAACAAGAAAAUCUCAGCUAGUGCACUAUUCGUCUUUGGCGGAUUUGUUUGCAUAACCGGUGUAAUCCGUCUCGCCCUCACAUACAUCCCAGGCAGCGCCUUCGUUUCCUUCUCCCAAGCAUACCUCUGGACAAACAUCCACAUAGGCGUCGCAAUAAUCUGCGCUUGCCUCCCGCUCCUCGCGCCAAUUUUAGGCGGUAUCGGACAUGUACUUCGGGGUUCCGUGACGGGCGUUUCGCAGCUUUUACAGUCCAUGCGACGAGGUUCGAAUUUUUCGCGAGAUCAGUCUAAGAAUGAUGAUGAUUCAGAUGCGGAUGUGGAGAGGGGAGGUAGUAAUAGGGAUCCUUAUAUGGGUGGGGAGGAUGUUGCUUCUUGGAGUGCUACUGCUAAAGGCGCUUUUGGUGAACGUGAGGAGGUGCUGCAGUUGCAAACGUUUCCGGAACGUGCAGAAAAUAGGGCGGAUUCUGCGUGUAUUCGUGUGGAGACUACUAUUUCUGUCAAGUAG